ACAGAAGACAGGAGAGAGAGACAGGGACAACGGACAGAGGGACAGAAGGACAGGAGACAGAGGGACAGAAGGACAGAUGGAGAGAAGGACAGAGGGACAGGACUGAGGAACAAGGGACAGAGGGGCAAGGGACAGAAGGACAGAAGACAGACAGAGGACAGAGAGACAGAGGGACAAGGGACAGAGGACAGGGAGACAGAGGGACAGAAGGACAGAAGACUGAGGGACAGAGAACAGAAAGACAGAGGGACAGGGAGACAGAGUGGCAGAGAGAUUGAGGGUCAGAGGACAGGAGAGAGAGACAGAGAGACAGAUGGACUGAGGAACAAGGGACAGAGGACAGGGAGACAGAGGGACAGAAGGACAACUGAGGAACAAGGGACAGAGGACAGGGAGACAGAGGGACAGAAGGACAGAUGGAGAGAAGGACAGAGGGACAGCGGGACAAAGGACAGAGAGACAGACGGAGGGACAGAGGACUGAGGGACAGAAGACAGAGGGACAGAAGGACUGAGAGACAGAGGACUGAGGGACAAGAGACAAAGGACAGAAGACAGGGACAGAUGACAGAGGGACAGAGACGGGGACAGAAGGACAGAGGGACGGGGACAGAGAACAGAAGAAGGACAGGGAGACAGAAGGACAGAGACAGAGGGACAGAGAGACAGAGGGAGGGACAAAGGACAGAGGGAGAAGGGACAGAGGGAGAAGGGACAGAGGGAGAAAGGACAGAGGGACAGAAGACAAGGAACAGAGGACUGAGGACUGAGGGAAAAAAGACAAAGGGACAGAAGACUGAGGGACAGAGGACAGGGAGACAGAGCGGCAGAGAGAUUGAGGGUAAGAGAGACAUAAGGACAGAGGACGGAAGGACACAGGGAGAGAGGACACAUGGACAGAAGACUGAAGGACAGAAGACAGGGGCAGAGGACAAGAG